CUACCACUCCCACCUCACUUCCGCCUGUCCGCUCUGCCGCCGCCCACAAGCUGCUGCUCGCCUCACACCAUCUCGUCGUGUAGCCUGCCGGGUGGCUCACGUCUUGACGAUGUCUCGCACCGCUGGGGCCUCCGCCGGCAGCAGCGCCGAGAGAGGAUUUACGGUCAGCCAUCAGAAGGUCGCACUCGAGCUUGGCUUCGCCUCAUCUUCGUCGGCGGUAUUGGCAGGAUACACUGAGUUGACGAUCAUACCUACCGAUCGUCACCUGAAGACUGUAUUUCUGAACAGCAGGCAGUGUGCAAUCCACUCGGUGACAUGCGCUGGUCAAUCUGCCGACUUCACCGUCUUGGACUCUCUGACAGCAGUGACCAUAUCUGAUCAAAGGGAUGUCCACCUCUUUCCCGAGCUGAAACGGAAGCUUUAUGCUGCCGCUAGUGAUGGCCAGGGAGGCGAGCUAGCUAUCACUAUCCCAGCGUCAGUCCGUGUGGAGACGUCGCAAUCGACGUCUGUACCCGCUACGCCUGGCCCGGACAACGACGCUCCUACGCCUGGCGGACCGUCAGCAGCAGCGACGGCCUCCGGAGAAGCCAAUGCCAUCACAAUACGCAUCAAUUACAGCCUCUCGAAUCCGGCCGAUGCCAUUCAGCUGAUCCGGCCGACUGCUGAGGCUCCAUGGCGGCAGCUCCAUAUGUACACCAGCCCCACCUGCUCAGACUACGCGCGAUGCUGGGUCCCAUGCGUAGAUAGCUUGUGGGAGAGGAACACGUGGGAAUUUCAGUACGUGGUACCAAGGAGGCUAGCAGAAAGUCCGGUGGAUGAGGAUAGCCAUGCCGAAGAAAGCCAUGACUGCGUCGUCAUUUCCACAGGCGAUCUUGUUGAGCAGACCAUCCAUCCUCACAAUUCGCGCAAAGUGAUCUACAGUUUUAUUCAGGCUGCACCGACCUCAGCCCAGCAUGUCGGAUUUGCGGCAGGCUGCUUCAAAGCUCUUGAUCUAGCCGAAAAGGCUUCGACUGAUCGACCCGCGGACGCUGCUGGGGACACAGAAGAUUCGAGCGAGCUGCAAAUGGUCGCUUUCUGCUUGCCUGGCCGUGAGGAGGAGCUUCGCAAUUCGACAGCAGUAGCAAAACAAGCCAUGACCUACUUCAGUCGAGAUUUUGGUUCCUUCCCUUUCGCCAGCUUCAAGUUGGUCUUCAUUGAAGAUGCAGUAGUCGACGUGCACAACACUUCGACCUUGUCAAUCUUCUCGGCCGAUUUGCUCCACCCUCCUUCGGUCAUCGAUCAGGCGCUAGAGACGAGGCAAAUCAUUGCCCAUUCGCUGGCUGUACAAUGGGUGGGGAUCAACAUCAUCCAAAAGACCUGGUCCGACACCUGGCUCAUCAACGGACUCAGUCUGUACGUCUCGGGACUCUUCUGGCGACGCUUGAUGGGAAACAAUGAGUACCGCUUUCGACUCAGGAAAGACUGUGACAGAGUCUGCGCUUGGGAUAUAGGUAUGCCUCCGAUCGGCCAACUGGGCUCGCAAGAGCCGCCAGACGCUGCCACACUACCCUUUAUCAACCUCAAGGCUCCUCUCGUACUCCACAUCCUCGAUCGAAGGCUCUGCAAAGCGGGAGCCUCUCUAGGUCUAGGACGUGUCAUCCCACGGGUGCUCUUGCAGGCUAUCACCGGUGAGCUACCGAACAAUACUCUCAGCACGUCCAGCUUCUUGCGAACCUGCAGAAAGGUCAGCGGUGUCGAUCUCCGCAAGUUCACUGAGCAGUGGAUCUAUGGCAGUGGCUGUCCGCGCUUCUUCGUGAGCUCAAAUUUCAAUCGGAAGAAGCUCACGAUUGAGAUCCACGUCAGACAAGAGUCGCCGGCCGCUCAAUUCGCCGAGUAUAGACCAGAGCAAGCCGUCGGUUCCAAUCCCAUCAAGCUCUUCGAAGGCCAAAUGACUAUCCGUAUUCAUGAAGCUGACGGUCGCCCCUAUGAGCAUGUUCUCGAUCUCAAGUCCUUUCAAAAGCGAUACGAUGUGCCUUUCAAUACAAAGUACAAGAGAGUGCGUCGUAAUACGAAGCGCUUUCAAGCUAGGCAAGCCGCUGCAGCUGCUGCCGCAGAGGGUGACCAAGACGCUGCCGAGGCUAUUGGUAUGAUCGACCUCGGCUUCAGUCUGGCCAUGUGGGAAGACGAGGAGCAACGAGUAAGAUGGAAAGUCGCUGAUUGGACAGAGGAGGAGGAAGACGUCAUGUCUCAAGCUGCUUAUGAGUGGAUCCGGAUGGACGCUGACUUCGAGUGGAUCGCGUCCAUCCAUGUCGAUCAGCCCGACUACAUGUGGGUCUCUCAAUUACAGCGAGAUCGUGAUGUUGUCGCUCAGCUUCAGGCUGUUGAGGCUUUGGCAAACCUGCCUAAUGCCUUGUCCAGCUCGAUGCUGACGAGGACAGUUCUGGUGUCGAAGUACUUCUUUCGCAUUCGUACUGAAGCUGCUCAAGCUCUCGUCAAUUGUGCUAUCCCUCAUCUCGAAUAUCUCGGCCUUUUCCAUCUGCUCAUGCUCUUCAAGACGAGCUACUGCUUCGACACUGAGGAUCAAGCUACAGGUCGUACUGGCGAUAUGCUCGAUAUGUCGUGCAUCCCAAAGGCCAACGACUUCACCGAUCCUGCAGACUAUUUCAUCAGACGAGCUCUCAUCCAAGCGAUCAGUAGAGUCAGAAACGAGCGAGGUAGGACUCUGCCACACGUCAAGCGCUUCCUGCUCAAUCUGAUCAGGUACAAUGACAACUCUACGAACCGAUACAUUGACGACUACUACCUAGCAACUCUUCUGAGCGCUCUAGCCACAGCAUUCGUUCCGAUCGACAGCUCCACAUAUGGAGGCUACGUUCCGGCCAACGAAGAUCCGGAUGCGUCAGACGAUGUUGUCCUUAUGCAGCAUGCCUUGGGCGAGAUCAGUCGGUUGCAAGAGCUGGACAAGCUUGUGCCCUCGUACCACAACGUCAUCACACUAGCUUGCCUUGAUUGGCAGGCGGCGAUGGUUCUUUCUCAUCAGCUUCCACUCGAUCUGCGACUCUUCCUUGCUUACACUCAGCAAGGAACGUUCACACCAGUGCGUACCUCAGCCUUCAACUAUCUGCUUCUGCUCAGCGGUCUGAAGCACAGGAUUGUCGUGCGCUACCUCUUCAGCGUUCUCCGGAGUGAUGAGAAUCGUCUGGUCAAGAGAGACUUGGCAAAAGGCAUCUGCGAGGCUUUGGCCAUUGCGAUAGCUACAGGCGACGCGCCCGGUGCUCGUCAAGACCCGGUGCUGCUAGAAGAGGAUGGCGGCGGCCAUCGCAAAGACCCCGGGGCCGCGGACAGGGCGAGGGACAAGGAGAUGGAAUUGACCUUGCGUGCACUGAGAAGAGAGGUCGGUCGCUCAGCUGCGGUCCGAGAAGGCUUUUUGGGAGCUCUCUUGGCACCAGGCGUCGACUCAGAGGCGCGUUGGGCUCUCAUCAAACUGGCAGAACUUCUCUUCAAGCCGAAAGAAGAGACCGAUCUACCUCUCGAGGCUCGCCUUGUCGUGGCGCGCGCCCGUGUGCCCGUAACGCCCUCUGUAUCUCGUCAGCAGCUGUUGCCUGAGGCAGAUCCUCUCGAAGCGGCGACCAGCUCCAAAGUCAAGGUUGGGGACGAGCAGCUCGUUACCCAACCCGCAGCUCGGGUAGCAUUCCAAGAUGAUGUACAAGAGCCCGCAGCUAGCUCAACCCGACCCACACUCAAGCUGAAGAAAGCCAAACCCUUGCCACAAGCACAGACGGGCGGAAUGACCGCCACAGACGUCACAGCAUGCCGCAAUGCCCUCAAGAAGCUCUAUUCCAGCAAGCAUUCCUUCCUCUUCAUCAACCCUGUUGAUCCCGUACGAGAUUCCGCUCCGAACUACCACCAAAUCAUCAAAGAGCCUAUGGAUUUGAGCACAAUGAGCAAUAAGCUCGAGGAAGGCUUAUAUUCAGAUCGAUUUGCAUUCGAGAAAGACUUCAACCUCUUGGUCGCCAACGCUAAGACGUAUACGCCUGACCCCAUGGCAUUCGUGCACAAGGAAGCGGAGGCUCUAGGCAAAGCCUUCCAAACCCUGUGGGCCAAGACAAACAAGACUCUCGAGCAGGCCGCGGCUAAACAGGCCGCUCUUGCAUCUAUCAACAAUGCUGCGCCUGGCAUUCCCAUCGAGUCUGUACCUGCUGUGCCGGUUGCACCCGUCUCUGGACCAAUGGCGCCACCUCCUCUCCCUGUACGUGCACCCACGAGGCCCGCUCCAGCUCCGGCUUCGCCUGCGACUGCUUCUCCGCAAAGUUCCUCGUGUCCGGCUCGGCCUCUGGGAUUGAAGCUAAAACUAAAGUCGAAAGCUUCUGUCGAUGUGAACGGCGACGGUGCAAAUUCGCCGGCAGGUUCACCAGCUGUGGGCGGCAGCGAGCCUCAGCGAACCAAUGCGGCCCCUGAAGCUCCUCGCAUCGCUGCCCCAAAGCUUAAGGUCAAAAGCAAGAGUGCUACACCUCGUGCUGGCUCUGCCGGGUCUCCCGCACCGCCUGCUCCGGAGGUGGCACCUGUCGAGCCUGCCUACGGCAACUUUGCUCCGCCGCCUAUUGCUCCUGGUGAAGAUCCCGUCAAGAUGGGCAAAGGAGAGCCGAUCCACUCUAAGCAGUGCAAGAUACUGUUGCAGAACCUCAAGAAAGUCCCAGAGGCGGUCCUCUUCCUGAAUCCGGUCGACGAGGCGUAUGCACCUGGCUACUUCUCUGUUGUCCAUCACCCCAUGGAUCUGGAGACGAUGGAGACGAAGCUGAACAGCAAUCAGUAUGCCACAAUGGACCAAUUCGCCUCUGACAUGGUGCAGAUCUUUGACAAUGCCUACAUCUACGCCGAUGUCACAGCUGUGCAGUACGCCGAGGCAGUGCGCGCCGCCUUCAAGAAGGAGUGGCCUAAAGCCCUUGUGCGUCGGCUGGAGUACAAUGAUCGAAGAGCGCUGCAGAGUAUGAUCAGCCGGAUCAAGAGCAGUCAAUUGGGUGGGCUGUUCACGCAGCCGGUAGAGGAGAUCGUCAAGGCUCUGCCGCACUACUUUGAUGUGAUCCCACAGGAAAAGGCGAGGGAUCUGGGAAUGAUUGGGGAUAAGCUCAAGAAUGACGGCUAUGGACGGGCAUCGGAUCUGGAGGCGGAUGUUAGACUGAUGAUCAACAACGCCAAGACGUUCAACGCGUCCAACGAGGCCAUCCUCGCCCUCGUGGACAGCUUCGAGCAUUUCUUCAACAAGGAAUGGAAAUCCACACUCGCUUCCCUCUCCAGUGCUGCUGCCAACGGUAGCAAUGGCAGCGGCGGAGUGGGAGGACAGAAGAAGAGGAAGGAUGAAGAGGGAAAGAACAAAGAGGGCGGGAGCAAGAAGUUGAAGGCCUGA